GAGAGCUAUGGACCAUUGAGCCAGCCAUUUGCACCGGCCAUGGACAUGAAAACAGGACAUCGCAUCACGCCAGGCUUAUGGCUCCCCGACGGGGCCAUGCUGAGGCCAUGUCGGAGCAGCUGAGAAAACUUGUGGGCUCCAAACGAGAUCAUCCACCAUGGAAGGAGAUCAAAUUCAGGUGCUCCUUCCACAACACGAUCUACGAUGUUCUGAAAUCCAGAGGUUUCCGAGAGACAGAGAACGAGCUCGAUUGGGACUUAUUCUGGUGCGACAAAGAAUGGAUUCACGAAGCUUUUGAUCACAUUCACCUUCAAGCUCAUCAGCGAGUGAAUCACUUUCGCAACCACUAUGAGUUGACCAGGAAGGAUUUGCUGGUGAAGAACAUUCGCCGUGCUCAUCGCCAAGCUUUGAAGGAUGGUUUGAUGGAAGAGGCACAAGGAUUCGCUGCUUGCUCCCCAACAACCUUUGUUUUGCCCUUGGAGUAUUCGAUGUUUGUCGAAGAGUUCAAGAAGCAACAAGCCAAUGGCACAAUUUGGAUCAUGAAGCCCGUGGGAAAGUCGCAGGGGCGUGGAAUUUUCCUCUUCGACCGGCUGAGCCAAGUGUCUAGCUGGCGCCAGGACCCAAAGUGGAUGCGCCUGCAGAAGGAGGGAGAGCAAAAACCCAGAAACAAAAAAGACGGCGACGAAGAUGAGGAAGAAAAGAAGGAAGCUGAGCCUUAUGUGGUUCAGCGGUACUUGUCGGAUCCUUUGCUGAUUGGUGGGAAGAAGUUUGAUUUGCGACUCUAUGUUCUGGUCACGAGCUACAGCCCUCUGACAGUCUACCUGUAUCGCAGUGGAUUUGCCCGCUUCUCCCAUGCCCGCUUCUCCAUGGACUUGGCAGAUCUGUCUGAUGCCAUGAUCCACUUGACCAAUGUGGCAGUGCAAAAGCAUAACGAAAACUAUGACGAGAAGCGAGGCGGAAAGUGGGACUUGCGUGCCCUGAAACUGCACCUGAUGAUGACUGAAAAUGUCGGGAAAGUGAACCAACUCUUCAACGACAUGCAAGACGUCAUCCGAUUCUCAUUGCUUUCGGUGCAGAAGGUGAUGAUCCAAGACAAGCAUUGUUUUGAGCUCUAUGGCUACGACAUCAUGAUCUCCAAGGACCUGAAACCCUGGUUGAUUGAGGUGAAUGCAUCUCCGUCACUAUCAGCCAAUACAGUCUCUGACUACGAGAUGAAGUUUGCUUUGCUUGACGAUGUACUGACAGUCUUGGAUUUUGAGAAGUACCUCGAUGGCACGGAAGAGCAAAUUGGAGGCUUUGACGUUUUAUACCGCAAUGGGGCGAGGGUUGGCCCAGCGCCGACAGCAGCAUACAGUACUCACCUUGGCUGCCGCAACAAUCGGGCUGAACAGCUGAGGCGGUUGGCUUUGCAACUGAGCAGAGAAGAGGGAAGGAAGAGAACUGCCAUUUUGCAGCCUCCCCCGUCAGCGGUGUCAGGUAAACGUAGAGGCCGUGAAAAGCCGUCAUAGGACAGAACCUCGUCAGGACAGAUGGAUGCUCAUCAAGCUCAAGACGACCCGACACAAAACGUGGGGGGUCUUCGCUUGGUGAAAAUCAACCGCUUGACGGGCCAAAACGGCCCCGCACAUUGCCGUGGUUGGUUCGGUCGCAC